GAGGAGAGGUGUGUGGAGGAGUGUGGAGGAGCGAGGAGCGAGGAGAGGAAAGAAGCAAAAAAAAAACCGCAUAUAAGUUACGUGUUGCGCGCGCGCGUUCCCAACAUGAAUGAUGGAAACCUCCGCUCACCGCCCACCGCCCACCGCCCAGUGGACAGUGGACACUGGACACUGGGCACUGGGCACUGGACAUUGGACGGACGAUCAGCACCUCGAGGCGGGCUGCGAGCUACGAGCUGUGAGCAGGAAGAACAGGAUUGCGGCGUCAACGUCGGCGGCGGCAAUACUUUUACAUACUCUACCGGUACGUUAGCACCUAAGGGGGAGAAGGACGGGCAGACAGAAUCAAGUAUGUACUCUACCCACCUCUUACUUACCUACACAGGUGGAGUGGCGGCGGCGUUACUUUUACUCCACAUCCUCUACAUCCUCUACAUCCACUACAUCCUCUACAUCCUCUACACAAGUACACACGGUACAUACGGUGACGGACGGACAAACAGAAUCAAGUAUCCACCUACCUACUUGCCCACCUACAUACCCACCUACCCACUGACGGAAGGAGACUCCCUCUCCCUCGAGGGAGUGUGAGUCGUCGUCAUGACUCAUGAAGUCGCACUCAGAGUCAGGCACCCAGGCACCCAGGCACCCGCCCAAUAUCAUCAUUCAUGUUCCGCCCUUACAUUAUGUCCUCUUUUUUACCUCUUUUUACCGCUUUUCACCUCUUCACUUCAGCCGUC